UAGACGGCUAUCCUUCCUGCUCUGGCUAGAGCGAGUCAGAAGCGACAACGCUACAUGUAAGCACCAGCACUCACGCGAGGACGGUCGUCUGCAGGAGGCGCGUGUAACACGUCGUUGUCCAAAACGCAAGAGCUGUUAGAAGCAGUGGUGCGAAAGGGGACGGCGAAGGAUGUCAAGGCUGGGAAGGACACACGACGUGCAAGCAAACGUCGAGACAAGCAGUGAAGCUAUGACGGUACAGCAGCGGACAGAAUAGCUACGGCAGAAGCAAAACGGAGCUCUCUUGCACUCCUGCGUACGCCGACUCUUUCUGGUCGAUGUUAGUGCUGGUACUGCACUUUACAAUUAAUUUUAAUGACGCACGUUCUUGAAGGACAGUCUAGCAGCGAACAGAAUAGCUACGGCAGAAGCAAAACGAAGCUCUAGUGCAUUCCUGUGUACGCCGUCACUUUCUGGUCGGUGUAGUGUUGGUACUGCACGUUACAAUGAUCAUACUGGAUACGUUACUCGUGUUUCUCCUGCUUACUUCAGUCGGCGGCGUUGCGGAUACAGAUCCUGUCAUACACACAACAAACGGCGACGUUCGAGGGUCUCACGUGAUCACACAUCAUGGCAAAGUCCGUGCAUUCUUGGGCAUUCCAUUUGCUGAGCCACCCCUUGGUGAACUCCGAUUCCAAAAACCAAUUAGCGCUCGCAAAUGGGAUGGUAUUUACAACGCCACUACUCAACCCAAGUUCUGUCCACAAUCAGCUGUCUACGUCAACAGGUUCUUCAACGUACCGCAUCAGAACGUCUCAUCAGAAGACUGCUUGUACCUGAACAUUUAUUCUCCAAUUCCUCAAGCUGAGGCUCAAGAACUCCUCAAGCCCGUUAUUGUCUACAUACAUGGAGGGGCUUUCUCCUACGGGGGAAUCGCUAUGGAAGUUUUAAACACGUCAGAGCUCACAGCCCGUGAAGACGUAGUUACCGUUGCCAUCGCUUAUAGAGUUGGAGCAUUCGGAUUCUUGAACGUUGGCACUGAAGAUGCACCAGGUAAUGUGGGCUUGUAUGACCAGAACCUGGCCCUUCGUUGGGUCCGUGCCAAUAUUGGAUUCUUCGGCGGGAAUCCGGAACUGGUAACCCUGAUGGGAGAGAGCGCAGGAUCUGUAAGCGUGGGGCUGCAUUUGUUGUCGCCUUUGUCUCGAGGCCUGUUCAAACGUGCCGUCAUGCAGAGUGGAAGUCCGUUCACAUCAAUUCUGUUCAGCAACAAGAGAGAGGCUAUGGAACGAGCGAGUCAGCUAGCGAAAGUCCUCGGGUGUGAAUCCGACGAGAAAAACGUGAAAGCAACACCAAAGGAAGUAGUGCAAUGCUUGCGUUCCGCCAACUUUCAUGAAAUCCUCAACGCGACGGAAAAGAUUCACGCAGGGGGCAAGGAAGCAUUCUUCCCUGUAUUUGGGGAUGAGCUUAUACCUGAACUAAACGCGGACUAUAUCCAGAGUGACGUGGAACUUUUGACCGGAAUAACUGAAGAUGAGGGAGAUUUCUUCCUGUAUGCUCUUCUGGGACCAGUUCGAAAUCUAUCAAGGGUCGACAGUAUCACCAAGGGAGAAGUUCAGUUUUUUGUCAAGAUUAUCUUGAAGUCCCAGACGACAAAGAACAUCAAACCUAUUAUGCAACGGUACUUCGAGUUCGUACAAAACGACGACACCCUUGGAGCUCUGCAUGCCGGCAGUGAUGUCAUUGGGGACUUCUUAUUAUCCUGUCCAACACUGCAAUUCGCUAAGUUGGUUUCCGUGAACAACAAUUCUGUAUACUUUUACCGAUUUGCUUAUCAACCUUCCUUCAACGACUGGCCUGAUUGGGUACGGAUCACACAUGGUGACGACAUAGUCUUCAGCCUGGGGUCACUCUACAAUACGGUUUCAAACUUCACAGAGAAGGACAGUCAAGCUGCUUCAAACUUCAUGCGCAUUAUUUCUACGUUCAGCAGAACAGGAUUCCCUCGAGAUCUUGGUGGAGAAACGUGGCAGAAGUUCGAAAAUGAGACCUACUACUACCUGGACGUUGCGAGGAACAGCAACAUGCAAAAAGGAGGCUUGAAGGAUGAGCAUUGCCAAUUCUGGAAUUAGAUCUCUGCUCUCUCAUCACUGCGCUCAUUUUGUUACAAGGCUCAGAAGUUUGUACGAGACUAGCAACAUUCGCUUUCAGUUUAAUGUAAUGAAGUACCAUUUUAUUGUAUCGGUAUCGACCAAGUGCAGAAAGUUGGGCUAGUUUGUGGGACUGCAAUAUUUGCGGACGCGAAAGACGAGGACAUAAGGUACACACACAAGCGUCACCCACAACUGAAGUGUAUUGCGGAAAAAGUGUCAGUUGUGAGUGACGCUUGUGUUGUGUGUACCUUAUGCAGGUACACACAACAGGUAAGGUGGGUACCUUAUUGCAGUAUGGUAUCGGUAUCGUAGAGUGCAACAUCCGUGGAACCACAAUAUCCGUGUUAUUUUUCUUUUCAAUCCAAUUCAAUUCUACCAACGAUAUAGGUAUAUUGUAAACAAAAUUGCUCCAAUCAUGUUGUUUGCAAGGUUUUCAGAUAAUCUAUAGAGUAGGUAAAAGUAUCGCUCGUGCAGCUGAAAUAGUCGAAAUACGGGUACUUAUGAGGCAGGUAGGUGUACCUCCUGUACCUGUCAGCAUCCAUUCUUCCGUCAUUCCGUUCUCAGGGCUGUAUCGCCUUGGGAUGUGCUGAGAAGCAGCAGGCUGGCAUUAUGCAGCAGCUUAGGUCAAACGGUGCAAUCCGUAUGACAUCGCUUGCUUGGAUUUUCAAAACGCCUUAUGCAGCUGAAAUUGACUAUCUGUCAUUGAGCAGUUGAGUGACGAAUUAUUCACCCCAUUUUUUCCCCCUAACUAUACUGUGUGUGCGCGCGCGAGCGUCCGUGUGAAUGAGCUUGCGUGCGUGUGAGACUCAGCCACUGUUGUGACACUUAAGUCUUGCCCCACUGCGAGAAGGUAAGGAACUCAACGUGGGAUCGACACGGACAUUACGAGAUUCAUACCAAGACGAAGAUGUGUCAGCCCACAUCUUACAACAGCCUCGAUAACAGCGGAUUCCAGAAUGCUUUCAUCGCCUAUCGCAGCAGCUUCCAUAGAACGAAGAUGCCUACCUAAAGCAAUGCGCAGCCACACCUUCCUUCCUCUUCCUAAACUCCUGUGGACAUACAGUAACACUACCUCUUUGCAUAAUACAUAGUAUUUGUAUAAAUUUGGAAGGCGGGGCCUCCACCGAAAGGUUGGCUCUAUGUGUCUUACUUAGACCUGUUGACUUUAGCAGCAGUUGAUUUAGCGAUUAACAAGUACAGAUGGUGCGUAUACCUGAUAGAGCGGUGUUUGGGACCACGUUGAGGUUAGAAACGAGAAAAGGUUAAUGGCGACUUGUGAUACUCUACUGAAUAGUCAUUGCUUAUUCAGUAAAGCGUUUGUAUUAAAAACACAAUGGGAGUAGAUCUACACGUAAGGUGAGUCAGCCUAUUUGAGUGGCGACAUGCUGCACCUGCUGCAGAGUAGGACUGCGGAUAAUUUCGACCACCUGGGGUUCUUUUCACAUUAAAAUCUAUAUAAAGUUAAAACCUA